AUGGAGUCCAGGAUCCGCGCCCUUGAAGAAAAGGGACCCAGUGCAUCGACCACUACGUCCGAGCCGGGACGACCCAACUUGCUUAUUAUGGCGGGAUGGUCGCAGGACACACCCAAAGACACUUUGCUUCAUGAACUAGAUCAAUGCCUCAAAGAACUCGGCCUUGCAGAGGUCAUCGAGGACAAAUUCUGCACCGGGCCGCGCCGAGGAUUUGCCAUGACCUUCAUCCGGACGGACCCCACGGAAAGCGGCACCCAAUUGAAGAGACGCCUCAUCACCAUUGCACAGCAGAUCCAGAGAGCCAGUAUCAGAGCCCCGAGUAUGGACCAAGACAAAAUCCUACGAGCGACACUCGGGAGAAGCCGCGAAGAACGUCUCCUAUCCAACCACACCGGCAAGACCAAGCGACUCAUCUUGACCGUUGACCCGAACCUAAAGCCUUACGUGGAAACAGAGUAUGCCGCUGGUAAUGUCUGGUUCCGCAACCAGCUGAUCUCCUCGGCUACGAGACCGCCACCACGUCCGGGAUGCAAGGCAGGCAAGCCCCCACGCAGCUGGAUUGAUCUCCAAGGUUUGAGCUCGAUACUAAGAACACCAGCCGAGGAUCUGGAGAAGCAGUGGGACGAGCUGAUGUCCUACUGA